GUGGGUUCACGCCGCUCCCGGGCCGCCUUCCUCGCCUGGCCCGCCUGCCCUGGGGGCCACCCGCGUCCGCCCCGGCUCUGCCCGCCGAGAUCGCAGGGCGGCGGCGCCGCGAACGAUGCUCUGCGGGGGCGCCCCGGGCCGCGGUGCCGCGUGCUGAGCGGGGCGGCUGCCGCCCUUCCCUUCCCCUCCCUUCCCUUCCCUUCCCUUCCCUUCCUGCCGCCGCCGCGACCCCUGCGCCCGCCGGAGCGCCCGCGGGACGCGCGGGGAGCGGGCGCACCGGGCGGCUCCCGGAGGGCGCCUUUGUCUCCGUGUCCCCCACUGCAGAGGCGGCAGCGCUCCAUCCCCGAGGACAGCCCCGGCCCCCUUCCGUGCCCGGCAUUUUAUAUAUAUAUAUAUAUAUUUUUUUUUUUUAAAGUAAUUUUUUUCCUGUAUGUUCAAAGACAUUUAGGUUUUUUUUAUUACUAGUAUUAUUUCCUCCACGUUUAAGUGUCGGCAAUAAUCAAGAUGGAUAAGAAAUCAUUUGAAACCGUGCUGGAUGAAAUUAGGAAGGCUGUGUUGACUGAGUACAAAUUAAAAGCUAUUGAAUAUGUUCAUGGAUACUUUUCUAGUGAACAGGUUGUUGAAUUACUGAGAUACUUCUCCUGGGCAGAACCGCAGCUUAAGGCAAUAAAGGCUUUACAACAUAAAAUAGUGGCAGUUCCAGCAUCAAAAAUGGUUAAUAUUCUCAACUGCUUCACCUUCAGUAAAGAUAAACUUAUUGCCCUUGAAAUCUUGGCUUCCAACAUUGUUGAUGCUCAGAAUUAUCGCCUGAUUGAAGAUCUGUUCAGAAUUAAUAUGUCAGAGAAGAAAAGAUGCAGAAGAAUUCUUGAACAGGCUUCAAAAACAGGUUGUAAGGCUCCUCAUGCUAUGAUAUCAUCGUGUGGCAUGAUUCCUGGCAAUCCUUAUCCCAAGGGCAAACCAAGCCGCAUAAAUGGAAUUUUUCCAGGAACCCCUAUCAAGAAGGACACAGAAGAAUGUACUAAUGAAGGAAAGGGAAUAGCAGCUCGUAUACUUGGACCAUCCAAACCAGCUCCAUCAACGUACAAUCCACACAAACCUGUUCCAUACCCCAUCCCACCAUGUCGGCCACAUGCAACUAUUGCACCAAGUGCUUACAACAAUGCUGGCUUAGUUCCAAUGGCCAAUGUCAUUGCUCCAGGCUUACCAGCUCCUCCACCAUACACUACUAAUCAAGUGGUAUCAGAAAAUGAGGACCUUUCCAGCCAGGCAAAACCUUCCCAAAAUCAAGCUUUUUCUGCACAAACGAAUCAGCUCUUUACUCCUCAUGGUUCUAAUCCUUCAACACCUGCUGCUACUCCAGUCCCUACCCCAUCACCUGUCAAGGCAAUAAGCCAUCCAUUAGCACCUGCAACUCCACUCAUCUCUGGGAUGAACAUGUCUACCCCUGUCCUUCCUGUUUUCCCAGGACAGGUCUCCUCUUCCAUCCAUACAUCUCAGCCAUCUACCCCAACCCCUACUGUCAUCAAAUCCCUUUCAUUGCCUGGUGUUCCUGUCACAUCUGUUCACAGUGCAACCUCUACCCCUAUCCCCUCAGUUUUUUCUGGGCUGGCUUCUAUCCCUGCUGCUAUGCCAGCUCCACAAGGUUCUUCCACUCCAUGUGCCACACCUGCCCCCACUGAAGCUUUCGCAUCUGCUGCUACACCAUUUGCUGGCCUCCCGUUCUCUGCAACCUCUUCAGUUGCUUCUGCUAAUAAUCCUGCUGUGUUGUCAUCAGUCUUUGCUGGCCUCCCUUUGUCCUUGCCGCCCAAUGCCCAAGGGAUUUCUAGUCCUGUUCCAUCUACAAUUGCUAAUUCUCCUGCCACUACCAUUCCUGGCUCGCUUAGCUUGCCUAACCCGAUUUUGUCUGUCUUAAAGGGAUUUCUGACAUCAAAUGACACUUCAUUAAUCAAUUCAUCUGCUUUACCUUCUGCUGUGACAAGUGAGCUUGCUUCUUUAUCUGCUCUUUCUAAUCAAAACUCUGACCCUCCCACUUCCUCUGUCAACAAAUGUUACACUCCAUCAGUCACCCCCCACACACAGCGUUCCUCCACACCCGGGCUGGCUAUUUUUCCAGGUCUCCCAUCCCCAUCUGUAGCCAAUUCUAGUUCCACUCCUCCCACAUUGCCUGCACAGUCACCUUUAACCACUUCACCAUCAGUUAUGCCAGUCAACUGUGGCUCAUCAGCCUCCCUCUUGCAUGGCACAAGUCCUACUAAUCCUGACCAGCAGCUUUCAUCAGCCCCAGCUGCCACAAGUAUCCCAGUUUUGGUCAAAACAGAGCCCAUGAGUCCUACCCUGUCGGCCUUCAAAGGUCCUUCUCAUUCAGCCAGCCCUUCUCAUGGCACUCUAGGACUGUCAGGGCUCGGGCGUGCAUACACCUCAGCAGCUUCAGUGCCCGUCAGCUUACCCAGUUCUCUGAACCCAGCGCUGUCAGGGCUCUCCUCUCUGAGUGCUCCUCUGAACAACUCCAGUUCUCUGGCUUCCAUUUCCCUCACCCCACAUGGCUCCUCUGCUCCCAUUGCCCCCGUGUUCAAUGGACUUCCUCCUUUCACAUCUCUAACCAGUAACUUUGCUUUUACUGGUAACCCAGCACUGACCCCGCCCGUCACUCUCCCCGGGCCUCUGUUGGCCACUCCGGCUACAAGCGCUUCAGCCGUGUCCGGCCCCCAUGCGAGUUCCACCGCCGCCGUGCUCUCAGGACUCGCUGCCUCCGCAACAGUCUCCGCUCCACCCUUCUCGCUUAACUUGUCCAGUGCUGUCCCUUCCCUUUUUUCUGUCGCCCAGGGACCUCUGGGAUCAUCAAACCCAUCCUUCCCUGGUUUUCCUGUCUCUAACACACCCUCUGUCACUCCUGCUCUCCCUUCUUUCCCUGGCCUCCAGGCAUCUUCUGCAGUAGCAGCAGUUGCACCGUUGCCGGCAGCUGCCACAGCCCCAUCUCCAGCUCCGGUCCUGCCAGGGUUUGCCUCGGCCUUUAGCUCAAACUUCAACUCUGCACUUGUGGCACAGGCUGGCUUGACUUCUGGACUACAGACACCAGGAAAUGCAGUUUUUCCUGGUCUUUUAUCUCUCCCUGGUAUCCCUGGCUUUCCCCAAAGUGCCGCACAAUCUUCCUUACAGGAAUUGCAGCACAGUGCAGCUGCACAGUCAGCACUACUACAGGCGCAUUCUGCUUCUGCUCUGGAGAACUAUACAGCUCAGCCUGAAGGUUUUGCUAACUAUCCAUCAACACCAGGAACACCAUUUUCAUUGCAGACAAGUCUGCCCCAGAGUGGAUGGCAGUAAAUACCAGGCAUUUCUAAAGACUGCAGUGUUUGCUUGACAGAGCCUGAUCCUAUUCACUUUGGAGGCUGUCUCUGCCAUAGUUGGAGCAUGGUCUGAGCUGGGGAAAGAAAGGGAAAAUUUGAGGGUAAAAUGUUUCCAGGAGGCUGUGUCAGAUGUCAUACUUAAUUUACGAAUUGCAUUCAGUUUGAUUCAGGGUCUGAUCCUGUGAAUUGCUGAGCAUCAUUUACUCUUCUUUAAUUUUAAGAGUUCAAUGUUUGGUUUCUUAGAGGAUCAGGAACAUUCAAACAGAUGUUUUUGUAAAUAGGGCAAUUGACUGUCAAGCUGAGUAGGGAGACUAAGUAUAUUUAAUAGUAUGAAUAAGCACCUAUCCUUCUGUUAUGUUUUGUACGGUAUAUGUGGUUAAUAUAGACUGAGAUCUGGACUGAAACGAAAUUAAAGCUGUAGAUGACCUUUUGUCUAGAAGCACACUUCUUGUGUGUGCAUAAAUCAAGGUCAGUUUAUGGUUUUUCAGAUGUUUUCUUCCUGUGUGUGAGGAUCUCCUGUUAGCAUCAGCAGUAUGUUAAGGGGAGGGUAGGUCAGAGGUGUGUGUGGGUUUUUCUUAUGCUUGGAAAUACUGUCAUGGGCUUGCUGCUGAAUUGAGUACUCCUUUGUCUGAACAAGAAAGUUAGGAAAUUUUGCUAUACUGUAUUUGGGUAGAAGUGGAUUAUGUUUUACUGGAGUAUGGUUUAGCUAGCUGAGAAUGUCUUUCCAAAAUACAUAAAAACAUUUUAACUUGCCUCUAAAAUAAUGUUCCAUAGUCUUCUCCUUUCCCCCAGCACCUCUCUGAAUGAAAUAAUUGUACUGCGGAUAGGCUGCCUAUCUGGCACUUUUGACUGCAGAAUUAUGUGAAUGUUUACAGACAUGGGGCAAGUUCUUCUCUCCCUUAUACUCACAAACAAACUGGUUCUCUAUAUGCUUUUCAGCUAAAAACUGCAAUUUGAUGGUGCUUAUCUUAUCCUGUGAAUAUAAGUGGGAGCAGAAUUUGGACCAUGGAUUUUUUUAGUAUUUUUCCUUGGAAAACAUACGUGAUUUUAAAGGCAUAUAGCUAAAUUAACUGUUAUAAUGCAGCAUAUAGAAAGGUCUUGCUUUGUUAGUUAAAUUGAGUUGUGCACUCUUCUAAUGUCAGUAUCUGUGGCAAUGUGUAACACAUCAUUGAAUAUCUUCUAUUUAAGGAAUGCUCUUGAUCAUGGUCUAGAGACAAUAGAGGUGAAUGAUAUUCAAUCAUGUGAAUAAAUUAAAAUGUAGAGAUACUACACUGUAGAAAUGUUCUGCACCUAGAGUUUUACUUUUUUAAAGAUUGAUUCUGCUGGGAGAUGUUGCUAAUGUAUUUUCUUUCAAGAUGUGAACAAACUUUUUUAGAACAUUAAUGGAAAUUACUGUAUUGGUUUUUAACAUAAUUUUUUAAAUAAAAAGUUUACAGUCAUGGCAAAAAGGCUUUGCUGACUAUUUGCAUAUUUACCUAAAAUAUGAAUGAAUAAACUUGUUUUUUUCUAAGAUA